ACGACUGCGUGCUGAGUCAAACCCCGCUGCCGGGCUGGGUCUGCAGCGGGGCCCCGGAGCACAGUGCGCGGAAGUUAAUGAUUAAUCGCUGACCGAUCCUCCCCCCGCAGCUCUGGAGAGGGUGCUGCAGGGGGGUGGGUUGGGGCCCGCAACGGCAGGGAGCCGGGAGCCGGGGCGGGGGACUCCCUGGCGGGGCGCGCCGAGCGGGGGCAGCGAGGGGAAGGGCGGGCGCUGGGGGUGCCGCGGAACUCACUCCCCGCGGGGAGAGUAAGACCUCCUUCCUCCUCUCUCCCCGCCUGGCUCGUACACACACACACACACACACACACACACACCCCAAACUCCACCCCCAGGCGCCUCCCGGGCCCCUGCUAGGUUGGGCUGCUCCAGGAAGUUUCCAUGAAAGCACCAGAAGUACUAAGUUACUCUUUCCAGGUGAGCGCGGAUGAGCAAGCGCUGGGCCGGCCCUGGUGAGUUGCAGCCCAGAGCUCUGGGCUCUGCUGGCAGGAAGAAGGCAAGUUGAGGAGGUCUUUGGACCGGGUGGCGUGGCUUUCACCCUCAUGGCUUCGCACAGGGAGCCCAGCAGUGACUGCUCCUAUGUCAUCGAUCACACCCACGUCCCCGAGUUCGAGGUGGCCACCUGGAUCAAAAUCACCCUCAUCCUGGUGUACCUGGCCAUCUUCGUGGUGGGCAUUCUGGGGAAUAGUGUCACCAUUCGGGUCACCCAGGUGCUGCAGAAGAAAGGUUACUUGCAGAAGGAGGUGACGGAUCACAUGGUGAGCCUGGCUUGCUCGGACAUCUUGGUCUUCCUCGUCGGCAUGCCCAUGGAGUUCUACAGCAUCAUCUGGAACCCCCUGACCACGCCCAGCUACGCCGUGUCCUGUAAGAUUCACACUUUCCUCUUCGAGGCCUGCAGCUAUGCCACGCUGCUGCACGUGCUGACGCUCAGCUUUGAGCGCUACGUUGCCAUCUGCCACCCCUUCAGGUACAAGGCUGUGUCGGGGCCCUUCCAGGUGAAGCUGCUGAUUGGCUUCGUCUGGGUCACCUCCGCCCUGGUGGCGUUGCCUCUGCUUUUUGCCAUGGGAGUCGAGUACCCCCUGGUGACCGUGCCCAAUCACUGGGGUCUCUCCUGCAACGUCUCCCGCACGCGGCACCACGAGCAGCCGGAGACCUCCAACAUGUCCAUCUGUACCAACCUUUCCAACCGCUGGACUGUCUUCCAGUCCAGCAUCUUCGGCGCCUUCGUCAUCUACCUCUUGGUCCUGGUCUCUGUGGCGUUCAUGUGCUGGAACAUGAUGCAGGUGCUUCUGAGGAGCAGCCAGGGCACGCUGGCCGGGAAGGGACGGCGGCCUCAGUUGAACAAGUCGGAGAGCGAGGAGAGCAAGACAGCCAGGAGGCAGACCAUUAUCUUCCUGAGUGAGUCCUGGGGGGAGGGGGGGAGGGGAUAACCAGGGAGCUGGCCUCCCCCUCCCCACCCCC